CCGAGCAGGCGACUGGCCCUUUAAGGGUUAUGUAGCCGGGCUGGCCGAUGUAGGACGAGCCGACCGUGCGUCUGCCUGCCUGCGCUCCCGCUGCCAUCCCCAUCAUGGCCUCCACACAGCCGCCACCGACACCACCGAGGAUGAACCGACCAGCCAGCGGCCCUUCUCUUCCCGGAGCGGAGACGGACGUCAAGCCGAAGCAGAGGCACCGGUAGAGGCGAGCCGCGCCGGGGAGAGCCGCCUCACAUCCCAUGCCACCCCGGUCUCCUCCAUGCCUUCGUCUAAAGCCAAGUACAGCUAUUCGAUAAAGAGGGGUGCGAACCCGGGCGGCGGCGGCGGCGGCAGCGGCGGCGGCAGAAACAUGACAACGAACAGGGAUUAUUCUGUUAAUCUGUCGGUGCAGCAAGUGCUGAGCCUUUGGGUGCAGGGCACGACGCUGCAGCACUUCACAGAGAUGUGGUACUGGGUGUUCCUGUGGUGUCUCUUCUCCUCGCUCUUCGUCCACGGGGCGGUGGGGCUGCUCAUGUUGGUCAUGCUGCAGCGCCACAAGAGGGGCCGCCUCAUCACCCUGGUGCUCGUCAGCGUGGGUUUCCUGGCCUCCCUCUCCGGAGGCGUCAUCACCAGCGCGGCAGUGGCGGGGGUGUACCGCGUGGCAGGGAAGGACAUGGCACCACUGGAGGCUCUGGUGUUCGGCGUGGGCCAGACCACCCUCUCCGUCAUCAUCUCCUUCUCACGCAUCCUCGCCACUCUGUGAGGCGAAACCCCCUCGACAUGUUGAAGCACAGACGCUGAGACGAGAGCGAACGACUCGAGCCAAUCAGAGACUUUAAGGUGGCUGGGUUUGUAGAUGGAGAGGAGGCAGAAAUGCUCUGGACCUUAGGGGCUGGAUGAAGGAGAGAGUGCCCCCGGUGUCUCUGCUCUGUUACUGCCACAACCACAGAGGGAACUCAAAGCAGGCCAGUUGUCUCCGUGUCAGAGAGCAGCACCAGGUGGAGACGGCGCCAUCCUCAGCUUCUGGACUUGAAAGCCAUGUUUUCGGGUGUUUCCAGAGUUCCAUCACUUCUUUGUGCCAACAGCCUUCUCUGGGACAUCCAGAUGCCUUUAUGGCCACUGACUCUCGAAGGCUUUCUGUUGCACUUGUGGGGAAAGAAAUCCUCUUUUUUAAAAAACAGCAGAGUGACGACCUGUAACGAUCAUCUGAUGAUCUCUUUCGGAGAUCAGAGUGAGAACAAAAGUUGAGCAAUGAGUGGUGUUUGAGGGAGUGACAGCCCAACAGUGUUCAUCAGCAGAAACACAGUUAUUCGUCAGUAUUAAAAUCAGCCUCACCUCCAGGUCUUCACAACGUUCAAGUUCAGAUUAUCAUGAUCAUUCCUUUCCUUAAAUGGUUUGAAAGCUGCUCCAUCAAACUCACAAGCGAGAUGCAACUUUGAAUUUUGCACUUUGUAAAUGUUUGAAACGCUCUUUGCCGUAGGAGGUGUGGAAUCGGUAGACGAGCAGGAGAAAACCAGCAUUGGCGCUUUGUUUGGUUUGAAAUAUUGAUUCAUUGUGUGCCAACGAGAACAUCCGAUUGAUCCUAAGGAAUAUUUAGACUCAGUGGGAUAUAUGCUUGUUUUACUUUCUUGCUGAGAGUUAGACAAGGAGUCAAGUCUGUACAAUAGAUACCUGCAUGUCUUUGGACUGUGGGAGGAAGCUGGAGUACCUAGAGAAAAUCCACGCUGACACGGGGAGAACAUGCAAACUCCGCACAAAGGUGUCCCUCCUGGGAUCGAACCAGGAACCUUCUUGCUGUAAGGUGACAGUGCUAACCGCCAUACCACCGUGCCACCAGUAAUCAUGUUCAUCCUAAAUAUAAGUAAUGAUAACAGUGUUUUAUCUUUAACCAAACUAUCAACCAGUACUAAUUCAAACAAUAAAAAUAAACACUGUGUUUAUUGUUGCUGCAGUAAAUCUUAGCCCAUGCACGUGUUGAUAUAAGUGAAGCAGUUUCCCAGAGGGCCCAUUCACUGGACCUGUUCAGGGGUCCAGACAUUUCUGUGGGUGGGCCUGGCGUAUAUUAUUUUUUACACAAAGCGACACGACACAGUGGACUCCCUGGUCGCUUAAACAUAAAUCCCUGUCAGCUCUUUUUGUUUUUUUUUAACCGGCAUUUGUUUUUGUGGAUUCAUGGAUUGACAGCGUUGCGUACUUCCGAACGUUCUCAUCCUAGAGGGUGAAAAAUGAUUUGGGCUUCAGUUGGCGGUUGCGUUCUGUAAUCUUUAGUCUCAUAUGACAACAGGUGUCUUAUUGGCACAAUAGUACUGAUAUAAUGUUGCAGUCACAGCUGUGAUUAUGGAGCAUUUUACAACGGCCUUUGAAUGCAACCCAGACAAUCGGAAUCGGGGACCGUGUUUUGUUGCCUUUGUACAGAGUCAGGCUAGCAGUUUCCAGUCUUUACGCUAAGCUAGGCUAACUAUCUCCUGGUUCCAGCUCCGUAUUUACCGUACAGACCUGAGAAUGGUGUUGGUUUGCUCAUCUACUCAGCAAGAAAGCUAAUAAGCGUACUUCCCAGAACAACGAAGUAUUCCUUUUACGCAGAUAGAGAAGGGCCUGGAAGCACCCUUGAGCAGAUAUGAUUUUAGGUCUAGUUAGAGAGAGAUCCAUAUCAGGUUCCCUCUUAUUCAGGUUUUAGAAAGGAUGUAUUGGUAUUAAAAAGGGUUGUUUUGCUGCUUGAGAGUCACAUUUUCAAACUAUUUGGUGUCUGUCCUGGUGCAGAUUUUCUGUGGUAACGAUGGAAUCCACUGCUACAGUGUAAACCCCCCUGUGGAAAGCCAUCCCUCCCUGGAGAAGGACGAUUCUGCUGCUCAGACGGCCAUUUUUUCAAUGGCUCCCUCUUUUCUUUGUUUUGCUUAUUAACCCAUGUUCCUUAAGUUUAACUUUGCAUAUUGCACUGAAAUAUACCUGCCUUGUUUUUAGCACAGUGUGCGAUGAUACUACUCUGGUGUGACCCGACCCAGUAAUCACAGUUAUUACACACAGGAAUCAGUGAUAACACACACUGAUGAUCUUGUUUAGGUGAAGCAAAGAAUGUGCUUGAAGCUACUGUAUUAAGUCAAACUGGAUUUAUUGUGCUGAUGCAUUAGUUUUUCACUGAGUAGAGAAAGAUACAUUGAUUUUAUUUAAGUUUAAUGCUCAUUGCUUGGCCUAUUAGUCCUCCCAGAAUUCAAACUAAUUCUCUUGUGUGCAGCAGGGUGAGAGGAGUAAGGUUGUAAUGCCAAAGUAUCGCUCAUGUUCUAGCUUGAUUUACCAUUGUUGUGUCAUUAAUUGAUAUCACAGCCACGAUUUAUAGUUGUUUUAGUUUUAGAAACAUUUGCACAUUGGCUCGACCCCCAGACAUGUGGUUCAACGUCAUCCAACAACAGUUUAUAUGAAUUUGAAGGAAAGGAAAAGACUUUUUGAGUGAUUAAGUGUAUGUGCUGUGUGGUUUUGUAGCUCAAAGUGUAUUUAUACGAGUUAUGUAAUUGACACAGCUCACCUUCAGUACCAGCUCAGCACACAAGAGGGCGACGUUGCACAGAAAUGAAGUGGCAGCCUGAAUGCCUGAAAGAUGAUUGUGGAUUUUAAAAAAAAAUGAUGAAAGUGCUUCAGAGUGUUUUGAUACAGACAAAAAGUUUUCUAUCCUAAUUUUCCCCAGAAAAAGUCUAAAAUUAGAGCGAAGUCAUCCGAACACCUCCCUUUUUAUCCACUGAAUGCUCUGCACAUCGUCCAUACUACCUGCUUGAAUGUUUUAGCGCAAUUUCAGGGACCAAGUGUGAGUCGCUGCUGAUGACUCACCUGCUGUCAUAGCAAUGAAAUCUCUGUGAAGCUGUAUGUGAGGCAGUUUCUGCAUGUUCGUAUGUGUGUGUGGUUCAUAGGAGACAUUAUGAGUGUCGUUGCUGUGUUUGGUGUAUAUCUGUGCAGUUGUGCAUGUGAGUAGAUAUCAGAGUUUAUUUUCUUUCAGCAGAGGGGGUUGUUCACAUUUUUCGGCGGCCCCAUAAAGCUUCAGAAAGAUUAAGGACUUAAAGGGACACUUGGUAUUUUUGAAUCUGGAAAUAAUUUUCCCAUGUUUUUGUGUUUAAGUGACUAAUGGAGACAAAAGUUUUGGAUAGUGGUCCAGUACUGAGAGAGGCACCAUGGUGAAAUAGGCUGUAAUGUGAUCCCUAUGGGCAACUGUGCACCAACAGUUUACACCCACUAAGGCCCUGUAUACAUGUACACAGAUAUUUUUUAAAAUAGACAUUUUCCCCCUUCGUGUUAAAAAAUAAUUCUGUCCACAUGACCGUGACCAUGACAAAUGAUCUUUGUUCACAUUAGAAUGCAAAAACAACUUGAAACACUGCAGUCUACCUCAACACAAAGGUAGUAAAUGUUACCUUUUUCAAACCACCUACUGGAUCUACUGUUGAUUACCGAUCAAUUCAAGGAUGAAGUUACUCACUCAAACAUGCAAGUGAUGCCCUGGACAUGCAAAGUCUUGACAGGGUCUUAUUUAAAACUGUUGUGUCUGGUGGCCUUAAAAACAGUGCACGCUGAAGUGGAGCAAAAACAGCGGGUGCAGCAGAUGUCUCUGAUUGUCCAUGAAAUGGUGGAGCAACACCAAGUCUAAGGCCACGUUUACACGAAAAAUAUCCGCAAAAAUGACCAAAAGCACUGUAGUAUACACGCCAGGCCAGUAGUUGGCAGUGUGACUUUGUAAUGAAACAACACGUGCCUGCGCACAUGUGCUUCCUUCUACAGAGCGGUGAUGUAUAAACAAACAAAAUGGCAACCACAUGUGUGGUCUCCGUUUUCAGAGGAACUUAGCGUUUUUGGUUGAAAUCAUUGUCGUAUAAACAGGACCUAAGUGUAAACAAAGUGAUAACAGACUGGUAGUCGACCAUUGCUAUCGUCGUUUCUUGUGCUCCCUACACAUAGCAAUAAUAGACAUGGGUUAAUUGAAGAGAUUACAUCAGCAUUUUCUCAAACGCUCUGUUUCACACAUCCACACAUAACGUUAGCCGGAGUUUUAAAAAAUCUAAACUGUAGGUGCGUUUUAAAAAGUGAUCUAAAACUCAUGUGGACAAGAGGCCAAAACAAAGAGGAAAAUAUCAGUUUAUAAAAUGUCCAGACAGGAACUAAAUGUGCGUGUGUUUGCCACUGACAGGUUCAGAUUGUUAUUAUAGGUGUCUGACAACAUUACUGAAAGGACCAUACAGAGGAAUGAAAUGUUUUUCUUUACCUUUCGCUACGGUCUGUUGUGUGCAACCAAGUCUCACUCAAGGAGAAGUCUCGUUCUGAAAUCUUGCACACUUUUCCACAUUGUCAAACUCAGCUAAAUGUUCAGCCAUGACAUUGAAAAUCUACGCUUCCUUUACUCAAACACAGCAAACUCUUUGCGGUACUCCCCUCUCCAGCUUUCACUAAUAUUUCCACUGUUACCUUCUCCUUGAGUGAGACUGAGUCACAAUAACAAAGAGACCAGUGAAAGGCAAAGAAAAAUGUUUCAUUUCUCUGAAGGGUCCUUUCAGCAAUGUUGUCAGACACCUUUAUAACAAUCUGAGCCUGUCAGUGGUCAGUGGACAUAAAUUGAUGGUGCCCAAUUGCCUGCAGGGAUACACUGCAGCCUGUUUUGCUGCUGCCGGCUGCAGCGUUGUCUCUCAAUACUGGACCACUUUUAAAAACCUGUUGUCUCCAUUAGCCAGCUUAUGGUGUGUUCACACAAUUUCAUGUCACGUUACUCACACAUACAUGUGUUCUUGGGGGUUUGUUUUUUCAUUUUUGGAGUAGUUUGCGACUGGUGAAUAUUUGCUAUGCACAGCUAUGCUAACGGUUGUGCUAACUACCUGGGGAAGGCAGCUAACGGUUAACUUGCUUUGCAGUUAAGUACAACAGAUAGGUGGAAACAACCGAGGUGAACCCAGAGGCUAAACCAGCAUGAACCAAUAUGAAAACACUCAAUUAUUUUUCAUACUGUCAUGGCAGCACACUUCCACUUCACUCCUUGUUGUUUACGGGUCAUCCUUAUAUUCCCCGGGUCCUAUGUUCCCCGAUCGGGGAACAUAGGACCCUUUAAAAAAAAAGGGUCCUAUGUUCCCCGCUUUCCCCAAAAGGAAAUAUGUUCCCUGCUUUGUAUGGGACUGGGGAACAUAAAACCCUUUUUAAGAAAAAGGGUCCUAUGUCCUAUGCUGUUGCCGGGGAACAUAGGACCCUUUUGAGAAAAAGGGGUUAGGGUUAGGGGGUUAGGACCCUUUUUUAAAAAAAAGGGCCUAUGUUCCCUGGGUCCUUUUGGGGAACAGCAGGGAACAUAGAACCCUUAUUAUUAAAAAGGGUUCUAUGUUCCCCGGUCCCAUACAAAGCGGGGAACAUAGGACCCUUUUGGGGUCCCAUACAAAGCGGGGAACAUAGGACCCGGGGAACACAGAACCCGGGGAACAUAGGUACGCUCCCGUUGUUUACCUUCCAUAGUAGUAGACUAGCUUAGAUUCCUCAGAACAUUUUGCUAGGAAGCAACUGAACAAAAAAGCUUACACAAGUACCUUACCAUUUAGUCCUAUGGCUUUGCUCACUUGUCUCCGAGCCCUCUCCUUUUAUGUUUUGCCUCUGUACAUUUCUAACAUUGAGUGGUUGAGCUCUAGGUACCCGCAGACGGCGACAUUGUUUGUCCUCCAUUUUUGUUUCUCUGUGACGUCAGGAGAACCUCAACUAGAUCUCAACACUGAUAGAAUUUCACGACACAGUGUCACAUGAAUUUCUUGUUCAGUGUGAACACCAUCAGCCACAAAAACAUGUGAAAAUAGGGUCCAGGUUGAAAAAUCCCAAAGUUCCCCUUUAGUUGUGAGUGACGCUGUGCUCAGAGGAGCGGUUCACUGAGAAACGUCUUACAUGAUGUGCUGGAAAACUUUUUAUUUGAUGUGUUAGAAAUGAAUGCAGAUGUUAGAUGAGUGCACUUACUGUACAUCCUGAGCUGUAUAUAGCUAUAGUGUACAAAGUCUUCACCUGAUGAGUGUAACCAACAGCUGAUAUGAACAAACUAACCACUGGAUAGUAUUUUUGGUGAUGGAGUAUUCACACCUAGUGCCAUGAUCGCUCAUGAUGAUGAUUUUUUUGUUCCCGCUCCAGGUUCUGUGACUCAGCCGCCGUCUAAAGUGGCUGUGUGACUGUGUACUGCAAUAUCUAAGGAGACACCCAGCAACUAAUAAUCCCCUCUAGACUUUUAAAAAUGCCAUCGCACUGCAGCGAGACGCUCAGCUCAAUAAUCCUGUCUCUUUCAUAGGCUUAGAACUAAAGCUGCCCCCUCAGUCUACUGUUGUCCAAAUGCCACAUAUUCCCCCCCAGACACAUACUGUGUACCCGCUGUGAUUGCAUGUGCAGUGCAGCUCAGAUAACGUGUGAAUGGGACUAUACGGACAAUCCAACAAGAGACAAUGUUGUACAAAAACCCAAAGUGGCACUUGUAGAUAAUGUACAAUAUGUUCUUUUUUUAAUUUUGUACCAGCCAACCGCUGAUAUUUAUAACUAUUGCCUAUUUAUGUACAAAUUGUUCUUCCUGUACAUACUCAACAGUCAGUUGAAUUAAAAAUCUU